UAUAAAUAUAGACACAGGGAGAGAAGCUGGCCUACUCAAGAGGAGCCAAUAGCCUGCAGAGCUAGGUAAGGAGAGCAGCCGCUUGGGUGGGGUUUGAGACCAGUGUGGAACUGGAUACAAGCAGAGUUUGCUCAGAUAGAAUUCAAAUUUUCUCUGGUUGCUGAUUUCUAUGCCAUCCGAGGUAAAUGUGUGUGUGUGUGUGUGUGUGUGUGUGUGUAGCCAUUUCAGUUUAUAGUAACAGAUGGGGGGGGGGUAGAGACAUAAUCCAUAUACAGUGGUGCCCCGCAAGACGAAUGCCUCGCAAGACGGAAAAACCGCUAGACGAAAGGGUUUUCCGUUUUGGAGUUGCUUCGCAGGACGAAUUCCCCUAUGGGCUUGCUUCGCAAAACGAAAAUGUCUUGCGAGUCGAGAUUUUUUUUUCGCUUCCCCCGCCCCCCUUUAUCUAAGCUGCUAAGCCUUUAAUAGCCUUUUAGCAGCUAAUCCACUAAACCGAUAAGCCUUUAAUAGCCGCUAAACCGCUAAUAGCGCUAAUCCGUUAAGCCGCUAAUAGGGUUGCUUCGCAAGACGAAAAAACCGCUAGACGAAGACACUCGCGGAACGGAUUAAUUUCGUCUUGCGAGGCACCACUGUACGUAGAAUUGUUUCAGAAGUUUUAAGUCACUUGUAACCAAACUUCAUAAACAGUUUCUUAAUAGCGGUGCAAAUGUUUGAAGAAGUGAGCUGAUGAUGAUCCUGCCUUAAGUCAGGUGGCGGAUUUCAGACCAACACAAGCAGAUUUCUAGAGGGGAUGGCAGUUUUGCCCUCUACACAGGCAAAUAAUGCAGUGGAAUACUGAAGCCACAUGAACAGGCUGUUAAAUCACUGUUGCCAGUAGGGCCUGGCGCCCACUGAGGCAUGUAGGGCCGGAGGCCAACAGCAGGUGGCACCAGAGCCAAUGUUUUCUAGUUUUGCCCUUGCCCUAAUCCCUGCUUCAGGGGCGGCACUGAGACUAAUAAGGAGGAAGCUGACUGGCAGCGCCACCCCCUGGUUGUAAGCAAGACGGCAGGCAGGUGGGAGUUGGCUGGGGAUAGGAUCAAGCUGUAAAGUUUUGGUCAGGGAUGGGCAGCUGACAAUUGACCAUGCUGGCGGGGAGCUGACGAGUGUUGGAUUCCCAUAGAAUCGGGAGGGCAGCAGGUUAGGGAUAGCUGCCCCAUGCCUCUAGCAACAGCUGAUCUGCAGAAAUCAGCUUUUUAAUAAAAAAAAUGCAGGCAAGGUUCUGCAGGCAAGGUUCUGCAUCAUUAAGGUAAAGGUAAAGGGACCCCUGACCAUUAGGUCCAGUCGUGACCGACUCUGGGGUUGCGGCGCUCAUCUCGCUUUAUUGGCAGAGGGAGCCGGCGUACAGCUUCUGGGUCAUGUGGCCAGCAUGACUAAGCCGCUUCUGGCGAACCAGAGCAGCAUACGGAAACGCCGUUUACCUUUCCGCCGGAGCGGUACCUAUUUAUCUACUUGCACUUUGACGUGUUUUCGAACUGCUAGGUUGGCAGGAGCAGGGACCGAGCAACGGGAGUUCACCCCGUCGCGGGGAUUCGAACCGUCGACCUUCUGAUCGGCAAGUCCUAGGCUCUGUGGUUUAACCCACAGCGCCACCUGCGUCCUUACUGCAUCAUAACUGCCUGGCUAUGUCUGUGGAUCAAGUUGCUUACUGAGGUGCAGGAGCAAAAGCUAGAGGGAAAGUGAGCAACCCUGUAGGAACUUGAUGACCUUUUAACUUUGUGCAAUUAAAAGAAAUUCCUAAACUUUAGGCCCAAACCCCCCUGGAAAAUACUACUAGUAUUCCCCCAUCCACCUUUUGGUUCUGGAGUCAAAUCCUUUUAUAUGAUGACAUUCGCACCCAUCACCCUGAGGUCCCAGGGGAGCUUGCAACCACUGAAAGAGAAGGGGUCCAAAGUUAAAGACAUGCCUCCUCCUCGUUCACAGAAAGCUGUCUGACGAAGACACCAGGCACACGUCUGUGGGAAGGGGGGAUCCACAACUCGGGGGCUGCCCCAGAGAAUACCCUCUCCUGGGCCAUUGCCCACCCUGAGUUUUUGAGGGCAGGGUGAUGGGUAGCAAGCGGGAGAGAGGCCAGCGGGCUCUUCUCUUGCCAAACCGCUUUGGAGCCCCGGGUUAAUGAGUGACAGGGUCAGAGUGGUCAGCCUGCCCUGCCACCCCAUAAAUGGAUGCCUUUCCUCUCUUUUCUGACAUUCGCCAUUAUUCUGCCUUUCCAGUGCCUCCCUGGGCCCAUUGCACCAUGAAGCUUCUUGCUGUUUUUCUCAGCUUGGCCGCCAUCCUAGGUAAGUAGGGGUCCCUCCAGUUAGGCUCUCACCUGCCUGAUUCCCCUCUUACAGCAUUGGCAAACACAGUCAGGAUCUAAAAAACCUUUCAAUGCAGUGAGUUGGGAAAAAUACCUACCCUGGCCCUACACAGGAUCUGUGGCUUUUAACAGCUGCAUUGCAAGCAAAAAUCCCACAGGUGCAGAUCUUCCUGGCACAUAGAAAGUGGGUGAGAUGUUAUCUGUUGUACUUUGACCCGUCGUGUAUUAAUGAAAGAUGCAACGCUUCAGUCAGGAGGUGAAUAGUGGCGGGCUGGAUUCAGCUAACCCACCCCACUGGCAGAAGCUGGUACAAUGAGCUUUCUCCCCCUAUGGACCCCCAUGCCUCCCCCAAAUCUCCGGAGGCUCAGGUGAACCCCCCAGAACAGCACCUGGGGAGAGGAGAGGGGAGGUGGUUCCACAGGGCAAGCAGAAAUUCUUGUGUUGACAGAACUAUCUCCUUAGCACUGCAUUGAAUUCCACCCAAUAAUAAUAGCAGCAGUUUGAUUUGCAAGCCUUUGUAAUGCUGAUGUCAGUUUGGGCAAUUCCAAAGGCAGAAGGCAGGGCAUGAGUGAGUCCCAUAUGCCUGUAAUAAAGGUAUAUCCCACCCUGUUCUGUUUCACAGAGACCAGAAACGAGUCUCUGGUAAAAAUUAUCCUCAGCAUUUGUCUUCUGGAGCUCUUGAUAGAACUCCAGCCCAAUGGUUGCCAUUAAUUUGAUUAAUUUGAUUUUGAAUUGAUUUUAGAAUGAGUUGAUUUUAGAAUGCAUUUCAAUUAAUUGAUGGUGAUUUUAUGCAAACUGUGUUACUUUUAUUGUUGUUAGCCACUCUGAGCCCGGCUUUGGCUGGGGAGGGCGGGAUAUAAAAAAAUUAAUAUAUUAUUAUUUUAUUAUUAUUGAUGUGAAUCUUCACCAGUUCACAGAAUUAUAGAAAGGGAUCCUGAGGGUCAUCUAGUUCAAUCCCCUGCAAUGCAGGAAUCGUGCCUGCAGUUGUCCCUGGGUGGUCUUCAUCCAUCAAAUGGUGGCUUAACUCUCUUUCCUCCCCAAUUUCAUGAAAUUUGUCCCUUCAGUUCAACUAGGGCACCCAGGGCACCUAACAACAAUACUAUGAAAUAUUAAAAAUUACAAUAGACUAACAAUAACUAAAAACAACAAGUCUGUAAAAAGGGGAACGGGGGAGAUCUCCAGCAUUAAUAGAUCUAAGAGCGAAGGUAAAAGGAUGGAAAAUGCGAAGGCGUGGAAAAAUAAAAAGACCCCUUGCCUGGCAUGGAAAUAAUAAAGAACUUGGUGCUGGGCAAACCUCUCUGGGGUGAGGAGAGACUUGCAGUUCCAUAGGCAGGGCGGUAACCACUGAAAAUACCUUUUUCUGGCUGGCGCCCUCUUUCCCUCAGAAGGCAUAGCCCUGAAGAUGUUCGUGAUAACCAGGCACAAAGGUCACUGAUCCUCGUGAUCCUUUGAGACCUGCCAAAAUCAAAACACCACCGAGAUGCCCAAACAGGCCACGUCAAACAGUUGUGGCUUCCCCCAAAAGAAUUCUGGGAGCUCUGGCAAAACUGACAUACAAGCUACGGGACAAGGAUAACUGUGACUUUAAAGAUGAAUAGGAACCUUUUACAAAGUAUUUGAAGAGGCAACAAAGCGAACUGGACUCCUAGGCUGGCUUUGAAUAAACAUUCACAAACUUUUUAUUGAUAAUAAUCAGCUAAAUAGUUUGAGGAUCUAUACAACUGUGUAACAUGCAGAAAACAGCAUUUUUAGAGAAAUCAAAGACUGGGACUGAGGGAAGUCGGGGGGUGGGGAGGGAGGGGAGGGAGGAAAAAUGGGGGGGGAAUAAGGAUGAUAUGUUUCUGGGUAAUAUGUUUUGUUUUAAUUUUGAAUAAAAAAGUUAUUUAAAAAAAGAAUUCUGGGAGCUGUAGUUUGCUAAGGCGUGUAGUUUGCUAAGACACUGAGAGCUGUUAGGAGAACCCGGUAUUCCUCUCCCUGAAAGGUUUAACGGCCAGUCUUUAUUUCCAGCAAACUCUGGGAAGUGUAGCUCUGCGAGGGGAAUAGAGGUCUCCUAACAACACCCUGCACCCUUAACAAACUACAGCUCCCAGAAUCCUUUGGGAGGAUUUAAAGCGGUGCUGUAGAAACGUGCUGUGAAUGUGGCCACACUCUCUUUUUCUGAGGUAAAAGAAUUCACACUUGUGUCAAGGCAGGAGAGCCUCAAGGCCAAUUCCAUAAGGAGGAUGCAUUCUUAUAAAGCUAGGGCUGCCAUAAGUCUGGGAUCCAUCCAUCCAAAAAUGGUGUCCAGGUGGAAUUUUCAGAAAUCGGUUAUAAUGGCUGGGAGAAGCCAGGCAUAUGGCAGCCCGUAUCGAAAAUGUUUAAUUAUAGGCUAUUUUAUCCCAAUAAAAUAGUUUUUAAAAACUUUACCUGUUUUGGAGAUUUUGCAAAAAAACGGGGAGGAGGACGCUCAACAACUUUCGUGUCUGGAUUUUCACUUUUUGAUGGCAACCCUAUUAUAUGUGGCAUCCUCCCUCCCUCCCUUCCUUCCUUCCUUCCUUCCUUCCUUCCUUCCUUCCUUCCUUCCUUCCCUCCCACAGGUUCUGCUUCAAGCGAUGAACCUGUGAGCACAGCCCUGACUUGGGAGCAGAUCCUCAGCCCCUUUCAAAAUUUCAAGCUACCCGAGGAGAUCAGGUGACACAAUAUCUUUAUAUAAACACACAAACCACAUCACCCUCCCAAGCACAGGUUGUACUGACCCAGACUAGGGCUGACAUCACGGGAUGCCACGUUGAAUUUGAUAAGAGAAAUCUCCAAGGGUGAUUUGAAAUCUCUACCCUGGGACUAGACUUAUGAUGCAGCAGAUACAAACGUGGUUCACUCAAAGGGGCUUCACAGAGACGAGGGUCUUUCAACAUCAUCUAAGAAGCUGGAAUUUAGAAUGGGGAUCCUGGGACAUAGGUACAUCUCUUUCCUUGGAACUGCAGGUUUAAAAUGUACUUAGGCUUCCUUUGGGGUGUGACAUUUAUCUCCCAAAGGAGGCCAGAACACCAGGGGCAGAGCAAAGCAAAGACGCACAUGGUCAGUGCAAGAGCCCAGCUGGAUUUCCCCUCCUGCUAUUUAUUGAUCAACGUUUGUAUGCUGCUUAACUGUCCACGAAGCCUCUAAGUGGUUUACAAAAGUAUAUAUAUAAUAUACAUUACAAUUGCCAGUAAAUGUUCAGAACAAGUUUAUAGCAAAAGCAAAAGUAUAUAAAGCCCUUAACAGCAUGGGAAUACUUUACGUGUGGGGAUUGCCUUACCCCACAAGUGCCCACUUGAUCACUUUGAUUUCUGGCACUGGAACUGUUACAGCUGACACAUAUAACAUCUAUUUUCACAUAUAAUUAUUGUAACAGCAUCUACACGGUGGCAAUCUCUGCCUAUUGACCGCAGGCAGGCGUGUUUGCUGUAUUUCUUUUUUGGCACCUGCUUAAAACAUUUUUGUUUUCGCAAGCCUGUCCAGACAUGUCAAAUGUGUUUACAUUUUUUUUUAAAAGAUUACUGCUGAUUUUAACUAUAUUUAAAAGGCUUUCAUUGCUUGUUCUCAGUUGCUUUUAACUGAGAAUAGUUGUAUUUUUGUAAACCCCUUUGAGGUUUUAUUACAAUUAAACAGGGCAUAAAUGUUGUUAAGCAAAUAAAUAAAUUACCCUCGUAUUCCAUGAAUUUGCCUAUCUUAGUUGGUAGGCUCUACGUGCGGCUACCUUUGAAGGUGACUCGGAAACUACAACUAAUCCAGAAUGCGGCAACUAGACUGGUGACUGGGGGCGGCCGCCAAGACCACAUAACACCGGUCUUGAAAGACCUACAUUGGCUCCCAGUACGUUUCCGAGCACAAUUCAAAGUGUUGGUGCUGACCUUUAAAACCCUAAACGGCCUCGGUCCAGUAUACCUGAAGGAGCGUCUCCACCCCCAUCGUUCUGCCCGGACGCUGAGGUCCAGCGCCGAGGGCCUUCUGGCGGUUCCCUCAUUGCGAGAAGCAAGCUACAGGGAACCAGGCAGAGGGCCUUCUCGGUAGUGGCGCCCGCCCUGUGGAACGCCCUUCCAGCAGAUGUCAAAGCGAUAAACAACUACCUGACAUUCAGAAGACAUCUUAAGGCAGCCCUGUUCAGGGAAGUGAUAUUUUACUGUAUUUUUGGUUUCUAUGGAAGCUGCCCAGAGUGGCUGGGGAGGCCCAGCCAGAUGGGCGGGGUAUAAAUAAUAAAUUUUUAUUAUAUUAUUAUUAUAUAGGCAUCAGCGCAGCUUGCGGUAGGUUUCACCUGUGUGUUGUGUGAAGAAGUGCUUGCUUUUGCCUUUUCCUCCUGAGAAGGAGAAAGAGAAACCAGCUUCAAUAACUGGCCUCAAUACGGCAUACUCCUUGAAGGACAACUGGCCUGUAGGUUUCUCCCUGGCUAAACUAUUUCUCCUCUGCUUCCGACAAAAGAAGAAUGGCAGACAAAAUUAAUGGACUAUGUAGAAUUGGACAAAAUGACAGGAAGGGUUCGAAACCUGCGGGACCAGAGAUUUACAGAAGAUUGGAAGAAGUAGAUGAAUUAUUUGAAGAGCAACUGUAAUCAACAAAUUACACUAGUAGGACUACAAGAAGUUUUGUAAGGAGAAAUAUAUGAAGUGUUACAAAGUAGAAAAAGUUAGAGAUAUUGCUUAUGAGUUUGAAAUGUAAUAGGGAAGAUAAGAAAUGCAUACUAAGAGAUUAGAUUGGAAAAUUUUCAGACAGGACUGAUGGAAGUAAAAAAAAAUUGAAUAAGAUGUAAAAGUAUGUUUAAUUACUGUUGAAAAUGAUAUGUUAAAAAACUAAUAUAUAUAUAUAUAAAACUAUUUCUCCUCUGCAGCACCCAGGCUGCUGACAAAUUCAACAGAGUCCAAAGCCACCUGGCAGAACUGAAGGACCAGCUUCUUCCGGCCCUCCAAAAGGUGACGGAGGACCUGCAGGAGCUGAAUCGGAAGGUGCAACCUUUCGCAGAAGCUCUGGACCAGAAGUUGCGGAGUGGCAUCACCAAAGUGCAUGAGCGCGUAGCCCCUUACACCGAGAAGCUGCAGGAGCAGGCAGAGCAACGGAUGGAGACCUUGCAGCAGACCCUGGCCUCUGGCAGGGAGAAGCUGACCCAGAACGUGGAGGAUAUUCGAGCCCAGCUGGAGCCUCUUGUGAAGGACAUGAAGACCAAAAUCCAACAGCAGACCCAGGAGCUCCGCCCCGUCAUCCAGCGACUUCACGGCAAUCUCAGGCAGACCUACAAAAGCUUGCAAGACUGCGCUGAAGACUUCCCGGGUUGUCUGGCCAAGUUUAUGCUGCCGCCCGAGUGAGAACCCGGUCUAGCAACCAAGAGGGGGUGAGCAGCAGGAUAAGGAUGGAGGGAGUCUGGCCUUUGUGCUAGAAAUUCGCAGACAGGCGCCUAGCAAAGGUUGAAGCAGCUGAAGAGCCACACUCUCCCUGACACAACGACUCCUUAUGCCUGUAAACAUCCCCUUAAUGGAGCAAUAAAAGACCUAGCCUUCAAUUAC